UCACUUGUGUUUGUUUGGCGUUAACGAGUCGUCUCAAAAUCAAUUUUCUCUCUCACACAGCACACGUAGUAGGCGCACACACACAACACACGUACGUACGUACACACACGCGUUUGAGCAACUACUCUUGAAUUGAUGACCAGAAUUGUUGCGCGUUCAAAGUUUGAUGUAUCAAAACAAACACCCCCACAAUACAAUCUGUUGUAGCGGGGCGGCUGUUUUUGCUUUUUCUAGAAAAAAAUAAAGCUGAUUCCCUUUUUAUUAGAGAGAGAGAAUCUGUUACAAUUCUAGAGAGAGAAAGAGAGAACAAAAUGAAUCACUUAUUACAAUUUUUUUUCAUUUUCUUUUUUGUUUAAUUUCUCAUAGCGUGAUUCCAACGUUGCUUGUCUGAACCUUUUCCCUUUGCCCAAAAACAACUUCUCUCUCAUGUUUCGCUUUCUCUCUCUCUCUCUCUCACACACAUAACACACACACACACAAACACACACAGAAAAGCGUAAUUGCUGGGUUAUCUUGGAAUUUCGGAAACAGGGUGCAUGUCAUUUUCGCGGGGAGGGGUAAAUGGGUAAAUUAAAAAGAAUGUUCUUUCCUUUGUGUAACUUGGCUUUAUUUUUAUGAUUAGUAUUUUGGCUCUCUUUAUUUGUGGGCGAGAGAUAGAGAGAGAGAAUUUGGGGGGUUUUGGCCGGGAAAGAGAAAAUCCGGUCUUGGUCCGGUUUUUGCGGUGAUAAAAAACAAAACCCAUGAGUAAUGAAAUUUUUUAAGAGAAAAUUAGAAAUUGAUUUUUGAUAAAAAAGACUCGUGGUGGUUUUUGCCAAUGUUUUUGUCCAAACGUCAAACUAUAGCAAUACCUCUUUUAUUUCCUCUUUCCAUUUCUCUCUCUCUCUUCUCUCUCUCUCUCAUAAAAGAGAGAAAAUCCCGUCAAUCUCUCUCUUCCUCUCCCUCAUAAAUUUCCUCCUCUGUUUUUCCCCUCCUCUUUUCUUCCUUUCUUUCUUCUGGGCUUUGCUUUGAUUCUCUGUUUUCAAAAAAAAAAAAAAAAAAAGAGUUGGGGGAGAGAAUCAGAGUAAACUGUUCAUCUCCCUCCCUCUCUCUCUCCUCUUUUCUUCUCUCUCUAGAAAAAAUUAAGAAAAUGGUAUCAAUGAGGACAAACCUUGAAAGCUUCUUGGGUUGCACAACACCCGUGGUCCCAUCUCAAUUCCUUUCCAAGAGCGAGACGAAGAAGCUGAAUAGGCUAUGGCAUCCAUGGGAAAGAGAAAAAGUAGAUUACUUUGUACUUUCUGAUCUUUGGAAUAGCUUUGAUGAAUUAAGUGCUUAUGGCGCCGGCGUUCCGAUCAUCUCCGACAACGGUCAAAACUUAAUCCAAUAUUUCGUCCCUUAUCUCUCUGCUCUCCAAAUUUUCACCAGCAAUUCUUCUCUUACCUGUUUAAGGGAAGAGACAGAGUCUGUAAUAAGCGAAACAAGGGGGGAUUCGUAUAGCGAUUCGUUCAGCGACGAAAGCGAGAGCGAAAAGUUAUCGAGGUGGGACGGAUGUUCGUCUGAGGAAGGAGAUAGCUUUUGGCAUCCGAACGAAAGAUUGGGUAAUCUUUACUUUCAAUACUUUGAAAGAUCAUCUCCUUAUGGAAGGGUUCCUCUUAGCGACAAGAUUAGUAGCUUAUCGCAAAGAUACCCGGGAUUAAUGUCAUUGCGAAGUGUAGAUCUCUCGCCUGCUAGUUGGAUGGCUGUCGCCUGGUACCCUAUCUAUCACAUUCCGAAGGGUCAAACCAUUAAAGACUUGCAAACAUGCUUCCUUACUUACCACACCAUUUCUUCUUCUUUUCAAGAUGUGGACGAGAUUGAAGAGGAGGUGGAAAUGAAAGAAAAGGAAGGGGAAAGAAUAGCGGUCCCACCGUUUGGUAUGGCGACGUAUAAGAUGCAAGGUGAUAUUUGGUUAUCGGAAAACAAGAAGGGUACCGACGAUAGAGAGAGGAUAGUGUCUCUAUUGAGUGUGGCCGAUUCUUGGCUUAAGCAAUUACGAGUCCAGCAUCACGACUUCAAUUACUUCAUAGGAAAUCGCCAUCCUUAAAAAACAAAACAACCCCAUCACAACAUGUUUAAUCAAGACUUGUACAAAAUCGGAGUUUAACUUGUGUUUUUUUUUUUUUUUUUUUCCCGAUAGUUUUAGCAUAAGUGAGACUAUAAAUCGCGACGUUGGUUUUUGCGAGUUAUAUGAAAGGAGAGGGAAGUCCUUGGGGGAUGUUUGUUUAACUGUGGACUAGUUGUUGUGCAAUUGAACAAUGUUUUUCGGGCUUUUGCGCAUUUUCUUUUACUAUAGUAAAUUUUCGCUACUUUUUUU